CUCUAACUGAUCGUUUUAGUUUAAGUGAUGUUAGAAAAUGUUUGAAAUGAUCCAGAUAAAGCGAACGGUUAAAGACGAUGAAGAAACGAUGGACUAGAAGUUUGACCAGAACCAGAACCAGAACCGGUGAGAAGCUGAAGCCGGGUCUGUUCUGUCUUCCAGACGCUGUCGGUCUCCAUGCUGCUGCGAUACUCCCACCACCAGAUCUUCGUCUUCAUCGUGGACCUUCUUCAGAUGUUGGAGAUGAACAUGACCAUCGGCUUCCCAGCAGCCCCUCUGCUCACCGUCAUCCUGGCUCUGGUUGGCAUGGAGGCCAUCAUGUCGGAGUUCUUCAACGACACCACCACGGCGUUCUACAUCAUCCUGAUCGUCUGGUUGGCCGACCAGUACGACGCCAUCUGCUGCCACACCAACACCAGCAAACGCCACUGGCUGCGGUUCUUCUAUCUGUACCACUUCGCUUUCUACGCCUACCAUUACCGCUUCAACGGGCAGUACAGCAGCCUGGCUCUGGUCACUUCCUGGCUCUUCAUCCAGCACUCGAUGAUCUACUUCUUCCACCACUAUGAGCUUCCUGCCAUCCUGCAGCAGAUUCGGAUCCAGGAGAUGCUGUUACAGAACCAGCAGGCGGGUCAGAACCAGACGGCUCUUCAGGAUAAUCUCAACAACAACACUGCAGCUGCAGGUGCCGGCGCCGGCCCCGCCCCCGCCGGAGCCAGCCAAUCAGGAGAGGCUGGUAGCGACCCACUUCAGGGGGACCCGCCGCUCCCCUCAUCCUCGGCAGCGGUCGGGGCGGGGGAGGUCAGGGCGGAGCUAAACUGGGUCGCUCAGACAGCCGCCAUCAUCACCGAGGCGCUUGGCGACUCGGGAGGAGGAGGAGGAGGAGGAGGUCAGGGACCAGUAGGAGCAGAGAUCAGCGUGGAGUUCUGGAUGGGAGGAGGAGGAGGAGCAGAAACUGGAGCAUCGGCAGGUGGAGCUCCUGACGUCGUUUCAUUGGAUGUUAAAGCUGCAGUGGGCGGAGCUGAAACGACACCUGGAGACGGCAGGUGCCAGGGGGAGGAGCUCGUCCAAAAGGUGGAGCCUUCAGAUGUCUCUGCCACUCCUACGGACUGCCCCGCCCCCCAGAGUGCAGGUACAGACUGCGGGUCACCUGAGCCACAGAGCUCCGCCCCCCUCGGCACGUCGUGAGUUUCUGCUGACAUCAUCAUGUCACCUGGAUAACAGCUGAUUGAUCGUUGAGCCGACAGAAAAACAGUCCAAGCGGCACUUUACUUCCACAUAAUCCAAUUAAUUCAUGAACUGAUUGAUCAAUUAACUAAUCAAAGACGUGUUCGGUGGGUCGGUUCCCUCCUGAUGCUCGGCAGGUUGAUGUGAAGAGGUUUCAGGUGUGCUGUUUGGUUGCACAGGUGAGCUGCGGUUCUGUUCGCUGUGACCCGUCUGGAAAGCCGAAUGGAGGUGUUGCUGAUGAGUAGGCCUGAAUGUUUCCCUCUUAACUCUGAUUAAACCAGCUUUCUGACCCAGGAACGAUUGAUUAGGUUCUGAUUACAACCCACAACCACCAAUUGAACUCGUUAAAUCUGCUUUUAUUUUGGAGGGAGAACAGGAAGCUGCUGUUAGACCUAUUGAUCAGGCUGAUCAAACAAAAUCAGCAGCGGAGCGAUAUGAUUGGUUGUGCUAAUGCUCAGGCUCCGCCUCUCAGUUGAGGGCGUGGCCCGUCAUCAUGUCCCGCUUUGAGCAUCAGGCCGAGUCAUCUGCAUGAGCUCACCUGUUCAGAACCGGGAAUCCAGAACCAGAACCUCACUGACGCCUCAUCCUUUCAUUUUCUAUGUCCUGAUUCUUCUGCUUCCAACAGCCGCCCUGAAGGGGGCGGAGCCUUGCAGGAGGAGGGGCCUGGCCUAGUACCUGUACCUGGCCGUGGGACUAUGGACGGGGUUGGGGGCGUUUCUUCUUCGUGCCUCUCCGCUGGAUGACUGUAGCUUGUUAGAACCUAUUUAAAGCCGUGGAACCAGUGGAACCUGCAGAACACGUGAGGCUCCUGCAGCCUGAACUGGGUCAGAGCUGUGAGUCACCUGUAGGUUCAAAAUAAAGGAGUUGUGAAAUAAA